ACUGUAUGCCCUGGUCCACCAGUGGCGAGCGCAGACGGCAGCGGCUGCCAGACGAGCACCAUGGCUCACUGCCCGCUACGCCCGCUGCUGCGGCUCCUCGUGCUGGGGCUCGGGCUGGCGCUGCUGCGCGCCGCGGCCGGGGAGCGAGUGCCAGGCACCACCCCCUGCUCUCGCGGCACCUCCUGGAGCGCGGACCUAGACAAGUGCAUGGACUGCGCCUCGUGCCGGGCGAGACCACACAGCGACUUCUGCCUGGGCUGUACUGCGGCCCCUCCAGCCCCCUUCAGGUUGCUGUGGCCCAUCCUGGGGGGCGCCCUGGGCCUGGCCCUCGUGCUGGGGCUGCUUUCUGGCUUCCUGGUCUGGAGACGGUGCCGCAGGAGAGAGAAGUUUACCACCCCCAUCGAGGAGACCGGUGGGGAGAGCUGUCCUGGCGUGGCCCUGAUCCAGUGACAGGGCGCGCCCCCUGCCAGCAGGAGGCUGUGCCCUCUCAUCAUUCAUUCAUUCAUUCUGGAGCCAGCUCCAGCCUCCCAGACACAGCCAGAGCCAGGCUGCUCCAACCACAGGGGUGUGGAGGGAUGGGGGACAGUG